AUGCUGAAACCUUCAAUCAUCAUCAUACCCGGUGCAUGGCACAGACCAAAGCAUUAUGAGAAGCUCAAUAAGGGGUUGGAAGAAUUUGGGUACGAAUCAGUUGCCGUCGACCUACCCUCUCUUGACUCCUCCCCACCUCUUACCAGCUGGGAGGCAGAUGCCCAAGAAGUCCGCCGUGUCAUAAUGAACCAUCUCGACCAUGGCAAGAAUGUUAUCAUGAUCGCCCAUUCCUUCGGGGGAGUGGCCAUGUCUGAAGCAGUGAAGGGACUGGGACGAAAGGCGAGACAAGAUCAAGGCUUACAAGGCGCCGUCGUGAGAUUGGUAUACAUGGCUGCAGUGGUAAUCCCAAUUGGUCAGAGCUACAUGGAUCAAAUGAAAAUGAAAACGCCAGAGGGGGCAGACGUUGAAGGACGGCGUAAAGAAGUCGAGGGAAAUUCGCGUGGAAUGAUUCCUCAAGAGGAUGGCUCUUUAGCCCUGGAUGAGGAUGUAGCCAAGGAUAUUCUCUUUCACGGGUGUGACCCUCAGGAUGUACAGCAAGCCGUCGAACUUUUAGGCUCGUUCCCCUCAGGCCCAAUGUACGUUCCCGUUACGUAUUCGGCUUGUGUUGACUUUCCGAGCACAUACAUUAAGUGCAAAAAUGAUCGCGCAUUUUCUGUUUUGACGCAGGAGCGGAUGAUUGCUCAGAUGGGUGGUGUUUUUGACGUUGAGGAAUGUGAGGAGGGGCAUUCGCCAUUUCUCAGCAAUCCUCAUUUUGUUGUUGAUUGCAUCCGUCGUGCGGUGGGGGAAAUCCCCAUGAUAUUUUAG